CUCGGUGCUCGUUCACGGUCAAUAGUAUAAAAGAGAGACAAUUGCGACACGGGAACACAUUUGCACAGUUUGCGAUUUGACGAUGGUUAGACAGUGUAAUUCCAGUUUGAUCGUUCAGAAAUGUGUUCUUCUGAUGACCGUAGUCGUCAUUCAUGGAACCGGAGGAGAGAUCUGCGAUAAAAGAAAGUGUCGCGGUCCACUGAGAGUCUAUGAGAGCCUCGGUUGUACUCCUGUCUACGCGAAACCCAACGAUUGUUGCGCGGAAUCCUACGAUUGCAGUCACCUGGACAAUUUGCCACGGGAUAAAUGUUACGCUAACGGUCACGAAUACAGCAUUGGGCAGAUGCUGAGGAGCGAGGACUCUAAUCCUUGCGACAUAGGUUGUGUAUGUAAUACGACUCUCGAUGGCCUCGCGGCGUUUGUAUGUAAACCUGUAUAUUGUGAACAUUUACCGGCGGAAGGAAAUUAUUACUUCAGAUACACACAUGAUAGUUGCUGUCGGAAUGCAACACAGAUUUGUCUUUAUAUACUUGCUUUAGUCAAAGACGGAGAAGAAAGGCCAACGUGUGAAGUGGACGAUAAUACUUAUUACGAUGGAGAUCUCUUUGAAACAAAAUGCAAUCGGGACCUGCGGUGUAUCUGUAUGCCUGGAUACAUAGGCGAAAAUGUCGAGCCCUUUUGUAAGAAACGCAAUCGCAGAGGUUGUUCCAUUCUGUUCGGAAGUCCUUUCCUAGUUCGCCGGAUGUGCGCACCUAUGUUCGUCCACGGCCAGAAUCCACAUAGAGAUUGCAGCAACUUUUUCAGAUGUCCGAGCAGAAAGGAUAUCGUUAUUCGUAACUAUAGCAACAUUGAGUUCGCAAAAGUUGCAAAGGAAGAAGGCAAGGGGCGAGAGUUGGCAGAAGAGCUAGAAAGGUUGUAUCGUAAACAGAUCUCGCGUCACGUUGUUAUCCGCGAUAGCAUCUCGAGAAGCGACACCUCCGCGAAACGUGGCUUUAUACGCGUGUCCGCUCAACUCCACGCGAACGUUUCACGCGUGUCGCCGACAAUAAGCGUCGUACGAUCGUUUACCAGCGCUACCUACUAUUUGUAUCGCGUUGUAUCCAGCUGGUCGUCCGAAGGGUUUGUGCGAGAUUGUAAUCAUUUUUGUUAAGGCUAGCAACCGAAG